AUGGAAUCUUCUAUGAAUUAUUCCAACCCAAAAAAUCAUCGUCAUCAUCAUUGUCGUCAUACUAAUCACCUGGCUAGAUUCGAAGCCCAACUCACAGCCGUCAAGGAGCGUCUCGAGGCCGCAAAGGCAGGAUCAACACGCGGCCUGGGCUCUCCUGCUUCGGGCGCAAGCUUUGCCUUUGGAGGCGGCGUUGGCUCGCGCAUCGCGAAGCCGCUUCGUGGCGGCGGUGGACCCGUUCAGGACGGUCCUGUGCUGCCUGUGAUUGGCAACUUGCAAAAGGACGGCGAGGGCGAGGCCAAGGGCAAGCGGACGAGUUGGUUCUUCAACCAGAGGUAG